UAUUAUAUCAAGGAUGCGAUGUGAUCACACCGACUUGGACAGUACAUUAAACGUGAUGAAUUGGCUACAGUUAGAUGUGAACAUUGUGGGCUACAGGACAUUUAUUUUUAUACUGUCCUGGAUAUCAGCAAGAGACAGACACUUAAAGUUACAAAGUUAAAGAUACACUUCAAAGGUAUCACAUGGCACUUGUUAUUUGAGAAAUAUUGCAGAGGAGUCCAGACGAUGUAGGACACAGGGCUAUUUUCAGAUUUUUUAAAAAGAAGAGUAUAUAAUGCAAUACUAAAGUAACUGUUCUCUAAUCCAGAAGGUGGCGGUAACGCGCCUAAAGGCUGUUUGCCAACCGCCAUUAAAGAACCAAAAAAGAAGAAGAAGACGCUGCAGCAGGAGAAGGUGACGACGAAGAAGAAUGACGAGAACGCUUAACUGAAAAUAGAGGGGACGGAGGACUGUUUAACGAUCGUUCAUUUUACGCUGUUACCUCGAAACAUUCACCAUUGAACACAGCGGCAUUACACUUGCUAAAUUAUGACAGAGCCUCAGUCAGCGCUGUUACUCAGGAGACAGCUUGCAGAGCUGAAUAAAAACCCAGUGGAGGGAUUCUCAGCAGGACUGAUCGAGGAUAGCGAUCUCUACAGAUGGGAAGUCCUUAUCAUUGGGCCACCAGACACACUAUAUGAAGGUGGUGUGUUUAAAGCUCAUUUGACAUUUCCCAAAGACUACCCUCUCAGGCCUCCUAAAAUGAAAUUUAUCACAGAUAUCUGGCACCCUAACGUGGACAAGAAUGGAGAUGUAUGUAUUUCAAUUUUGCACGAGCCCGGGGAGGACAAGUACGGCUAUGAGAAACCAGAGGAGCGCUGGCUGCCUAUCCACACAGUGGAAACCAUCAUGAUAAGUGUUAUCUCUAUGCUGGCAGACCCAAAUGGUGACUCGCCAGCCAACGUGGACGCUGCAAAAGAGUGGAGGGAGGACAGACACGGCGCAUUCAAAAGGAAAGUCGCACGUUGUGUACGAAAAAGCCAAGAGACUGCGUUUGAGUGAUGUCUAGCGAGGAUCUAGCUUCAUGUUUUCAGGGUCUCCAAUUGAAAAUCAACAUGGCACUGUUUCCUGCACUCUUCCACCCUGUUGCCAGGCUUGUCCUCCUUUUUUUGUUCUGGCAGGAACAGACUGGCUACUGUAGGCUGCAAUAGAACAUAACAGUGACUACCAAGGCUGACAGAAAACCGCCAAGCAAGUGCCAACUCAAAAAUAACAAAAAAAACAAAAAACAAACA